AUGUCUUCGUACGCCGAUAUCGCCGCCGAGAACGCGCCGCCCCAGUCGCAGCAGCCGCAGCCGGACCAGGGCUACCUCGAGGGCCACAACGAGUCGUCCACCGGUCCCAACCCGAACGCACCGGACGUCAACAGCGGCAAGGUCAACGUAGUCCCCUCGGAUUCGGACCUCGAGCACCUCAAGACGCAGUCGCAGGAGGCGUACGACGAGGCCGUCGCCAAGGCGCGCGAGCAGCGCAAGCAGCUCGAGCAGGACGCGCAGAAGGCGAGCAACGCCGCCAAGAAGACGGCCAACGACGCGCAGAAGGCUGGCAAGGACGCCGCCGAAGACGCCAAGAAGGCAGGCAAGGAGCUGGCGGACGACGCCAAGAAGACGGGCAAGCAGGUCGCCGACGACGCCGAGAAGCUGGGCAAGGAGGCGAAGGCCGAGGCGGACAAGUUUGGCAAGAACGCACGUGCCGAGGCCGAAAAGGCAGGCAAGAAGGCGGGCGAGCUGUACGAAAAGGGCAAGAAGGAGCUCUCCAAGGACACCGAGGCGCUCAGGAAGCGCGGCGAGGAGGGCGCCAAGAAGCUCAAGAAGAAGGCGGACGAGGCUGAGAAGGAGCUCGAGAGCUGGUGGAACCAGUUCUCGCGCGAUCCCAAGCAGUGGGUCCCCGCCCUCGCCGCCGCCAACGUCGCCCUGCUCGGCGGUCUGGGCAUCUACGCCUACUCGAACCGCGACAACGUCCAGCGCACCGACCGCCGCCUCAUCAGCGCCGCCACCGUCGGCAUCCUCGGCCUCCUUGGCGCCCAGGGCUACUGGGCCAACGAAACCGCAAAGAAGCAGAACGGCUCGCUCUAA